AUGUCUUCUCGCGAUCUAUUGCAACGUCGAGGAACCACAUUCUCUGGUGACACUAUUUGGGAGAACUCUCCACUCGUAAAAGCAGCUAUUAAUGGAAGCUUAGCUGUCAUGGACGGCAUCGAAACACUUUCUUUUGGCACAUUAGCCACACUACAACGUCUAAUCAAAGAGCGCGAAAUUUCUUUACCCGAUGGAAAACAACUAAUUAAUCAUGAACGAUACCAGAACCUUGUUCAAAAACACGGAUUCACUUCUGAAAUAUUAGCAAAUCGUGGUAUAUUUCCUAUUAAUCCAACAUUCCGAAUUGUGGUUUUGGCAAGACCGGUUAGUAGUGGAAGUGGCGGAAGUGAAGGAAAGCCUGGUGCUUGGCUUUCGCCUGAAGUUAGUGCCAUGUUUCAGUUUGUUGCUGUUAGACUACUCGAGUAUCAGGAAGAAACUGAAGUUUUACAUGCUUUAUCUCCUGGAGUUAAUGAAAAGAGCCUUGAGCUUCUUUUACGUUUCGCCAAUCGGCUUAGGCAGGAUACAGAUGAGACAAUAAAGAUUUUGUCUGAUGCACUUUCUACUCGACAAUUAAUUCGAAUUUGUCGUCGUAUAACUGCAUUUCCUGAUGAAAGCUUAUACGAUUCCAUUCACAAAGCGUCACUCUCACGAUUUCUACCGUCACUUGCCAAAGAAGCUCUUGAAGAAAUAAUGAUAGAAAAUGGGAUCACUCCCCCCAAUACCAAACCAAAAAUAGAAGAGCUGAAAAUCGAAGUCUUCCCCUCUGUCUCAAAUCCCGAGUACCUUCAAAUCGGAAACAUCAAACAACCAAUUGCCAAGGACUCGAAUCCGUUACUUGUUCCGGACAAUUUAUUGUUGAUUGGAAACCAAGGAGUCGGAAAGAAUAAAUUGGUCGAUUACUUUUUGCAGCUUUUGAAGUUACCUCGCGAAUAUAUUCAACUUCAUAGAGACACUACAGUUCAAAGUUUGACAUCCACCCCUUCGAUCAUUGAUGGUGUUCUCCAACAUGAAGAUUCUCCACUAGUGAAAGCUGUGAAGUCUGGAUACAUUCUCGUCAUCGACGAAGCUGACAAAGCCCCGACAUACGUUACAGCGGUUCUCCGUAAUCUUAUCGAAGACGGUGAAAUGGUGUUAGGCGAUGGUCGACGUAUCGUUUCUCGAGUUAUUGAAAAGUUGGAAAAUGAUAAUGAAGACGAAUAUAUUCUUGUUCAUAAAAAUUUUAGAAUCAUUGUUUUGGCGAAUCGGCCAGGAAAUGACUUUUAUCGUGAAAUCGGUGAUGUAUUCAGUUGUCACGCAGUAGACAACCCAGAUCCUGCAUCAGAAAUGUAUUUACUCCUAAAAUACGCGCCAGACAUUUCUCAAGAGUUGCUGUUGAAGCUUACGGCAGCAUUCAGCGAUUUAAGACGACUGGUCGACGAAGGACUGAUUUCGUAUCCUUAUUCGACUCGUGAGCUCGUCAAUAUCGUGAAACAUAUGCAGCAAUACCCCAAAGAAGGUGUCUCUCAAAUUCUUCAAAACGUAUUUGACUUCGAUCAAUACGAUAAAGACUCGAAAGUGCUUUUGAUUGAAACUUUUCAGAAACAUGGAAUCCCGAUUGGAUUAAACUCCGAACUUUCCGUGCAACUUGGUAAAUUUGUAUCGUUGAGUGAACCAGUUGUUACUGAAAUUUGGACUAAAGCUACUGCUUCUCGACAGAGAACUCUUCAAGUUAGCGGCAAUAAGAUCGAGCUUCGGGGCGGCUGGGAAUUUCAUGUGAAUAAAACUAAAGAACUUGAGCGGACUGAGGGUCGCACAACUACAUUCACCGAACAAAUAUACAGUUUUAAGAUUCCUACGCGUGGCGAAGCAUUAGAUAUUGUUGGGUUAGAAGAUGGAUCUCUUUUUGCUGUCACUACUAAUCCCAUAACAUUGCAUCACAUCGAUAAAGAACAUCAUCUAAGCAAAAGUGUUGAAUUAUAUGAGUAUUUCCCGCUUAAAGACGUCCCUCCACGAAUAAAACUUGCAAUUGUUCAAGCUCAUGGGUCCGCGUGGUUCUUGACUCUACAUGAUCCCGAGAACAAUUCUGUGGUCGUAAUGGAUUAUAUUGGAAGGACUGUUAAUUCAAUUAAAUUGACUGGACUUGCUAAACAGACACGAAAAAUUAUGGUGAAAGAUUUUGCAUCACUUGGAAUUUUAGUAUUCUAUCAAUUCUUUAAAUCCUCGAUUGUUGUCCUGGAUUUCAAUUCCAAUACAGAGUACAUGAUUACAUUGCCUAUAAACGUUGCUCAGCUUUAUUUAUUAAAACCAGAUAUAUGGUUAGUUCGCGAUUGCGCAAAUGGCUCUUACCACAUUAUUUAUCCUACAGCUAGGAAUACUGAAUGGCAAGCAAAAUUACUGCUUCCGAAUGUAAUCGAGCAAAUCGAGAUUAAAAAUUUGUCCGCUGAUUUACCGCACCAACCGAUUACUUUUAUGUCUCAAGAUGGAGUUCCUAGAGCAAACGUUUCAUCAGCUCGAUUCCUACACACAAAAAACGACACCUUUGCAUUAUCAAUUGCUUCUAAUCUCCCGGAAUCAUUAAUUUCAAAUAAAAAUGAUAUAAAGCCGAUUGAGAUAGUUUCAUAUACACGUGAACCUGAAGAUAAUGCUCGUAAUCUUUUUGAAAAUAUAGGCAAUUCUUCACUGUUUUUGACUCGAACUGGUCAAUUGGCGACUGUGAUUCCAGUGAAGAACGGGCGGAAUUGUGGAUAUUUGGAAUUAUUUAACCCAGUACAACAGACUCUAUGGCGAAUUGUAAUUCCAUUAGCAAUUCCUGUUUCUAUUGCAGAAAAAAGUAAAUUCAGUCAAGCAGAUUUAGAAUUGCAACAGAUAGCUGCGUUAUUACUGGAGUUACCAAAUGGGGAUUUACUAACAAUGGAUAAUAGCGGUGUUGUGCGUGUAUGGCAAGUUAACGCGGGAGAAUUAAUUCGUGCUGCAGAUACUUGGAAGAAAUUUGUUGGCGUGCUGGAUCAGCAUGUGUUAUCUAUAAUAUACGAAACAGACGAGAUACAAGAGGAAAAUUUAGCAAAUGGAAAUAAAUCUGGUGUUGGAACUGGUGGAUCCGAAGAAUUUAAAGGCAGAGAGCCGACUUUUAUUGAUGUAGACAACUUAAUCCUGAGGGAUGAAGCCAAAACACCUUUAGAGCUGACAGAAGCACAAAAAGAAAUGCACACACUAGUAAUGCGCCAACGCCUCGAACAAAUAACAAUGACGCAGUCCGAUUCUGAUAUAUACCGUGGUUACUUAGCAAACGUACAACGCGAAAUACGCGAACUUCGCGUGAUACUCGAAGGCAUCGAAGCGAAAAAGAAAGAACGGGUUUGGUUGAAAAGUCAAAGUUCUGGUGAUAUUGAUGAUACUAAAUUGAUUGAAGGACUAACAGGCGACCAUAAUAUUUAUAAGCGUCGCGGAGAAAACGAUCCAGAGAUUGGAUUCUUUCAGGAGAAACCGAAGAAAAUGUAUUUUGUGUUUGAUUUAAGUGCCAGCAUGCAUCGAUUCAACACACACGACCGUCGUUUGGACCGGUCAAUCGAAGUAGCAUUAAUGAUAAUGGAAUCAUUUAAAUCUUUCGAAAACAAAUUCGAGUACCGUAUUGUCGGACACAGUGGCGAUUCGCCAAACGUCGAGUUUGUCACGCAUGGAAAGUACCCUAAGACUGAAAAAGACAUUUUCAAAGUUUUGAAAGAGAUGUUUACGCAUUCGCAGUUUUAUAAUACAUUGAACGCCGCUUCACACGCCAUAAAAGAUAUUGUUAAAGAACAAGCCGAUGAUUACUUUGUCGUCGUGUUAUCAGAUGCGAAUAUUUCACAGUAUAAUAUUAAACCGGAUGAUAUUGCUAAAGUGCUGAAAUCAGAUGAACGAGUAUCAGCGUUCAUGAUAUUCAUUGGCUCAUUACAGGAUCAAGCCGAAAAGCUCCGAAAGAACCUUGCGGGACAUGCACAUAUUUGUAUGGAGAACUCGGAACUGCCGCGUAUUAUGAAAUCGAUCUUUUUGUCGUCAAUGUUAAAGUGA